ACCAUUUGCGAAAGGCAUUUGGGAUGCGAACCCGAGUCUGAUCAUGUUUCAGAACAGUUGUAGCUGGAGAUGUCUUUUAAUUUCGCCAAAUGUUGGAUAGUGCGUCUUUUUAUGUCUUUUAUUAUUGACUGUCCUCUACUAUUUUUUCGUUUUGGAAUUCUGAAAAGUGUUCCAUAAGCCAAGUUAGUACGGCGGUAUGUGGUGAAAAGAAACGCCGGGUGUGAAGGAUAUUGGGCAAUUCAUCUCAUAAAUCAAGCCUGGUGCCUGGGCCUUUCUGUUCAAGCGGGGUCUUUGAAAAAGUCUUCACUACAAGGCACUUGGGCUUCUAAAGAUGUUUUCACAACAGCAAAGUGCGCUGCUAUCUGGAAACUGUGCCUGUCGCAAAUGAUGUGAGCCUUGGACCAUAUACCUCUUCCUCCUCCUCCUCUUCCUCCUCCUUUCCUCUUCCUCCACCUCCUCUCGUCUCCGUUGCCUGUGGCAACCCCUCCGUUCCAAGAUGAGCGAGGUGCAGGCCACUGUGGAGUUCUCGGUGGAGCUCCACAAGUUCUUCAACGUGGAUCUGUUCCAAAGAGGGUUCUACCAGAUCCGUGCCAGUAUGCGAGUGCCACCACGGGUUCCUCACAGAGUGGAGGCCAGCUUGCUGCACCCAUCAGGAACAGACCUGGCUUUCCCCGCCAGCGUUCUAGAUGACGUCAUCUGCAGCAAGACCUUCCAGAUCCUCUACAAGAACGAGGAGAUAGUGGUCAACGACGUGCUCAUCUUCAAAGUCAUGAUGCUCCUGGAUGAGCGCAGAGUGGAGGAGUCUCUGAAUGAGAUGGACUUCCAGCUUGUUCUGGAACUCUUCUUCACCGACGGGGACUACUCGCCUGAGGACUCCACUCCUCUGCAGAGUAUCAGUAGUCGUGUGCUGCGUCUUCACUUCAGUGUGCAGCAUGGCGUCCACCAGCACGUCAACGUGAUGUUCGACUACUUCCACCUGUCCGUCAUCUCCCUGGUGGUGCACGCAUCACUGGUGGCCCUGCACCAGCCCCUCAUCAGCUUCCCUCGCCAUGUGAAGAGUACGUGGUUGAACCGUAACGCGCCGGCGCAGAGCAAGGACUCCCUCAUCCCCCCUCUGGAGAGCGUGGUGUUCGGCAGUAGCUACGUCAAGCAGCUCUCCCCCGAUGGCAAGACGUUCCUGGUGUCUGACCAGUGUCUGCAGCAUGCGUUUGGCCUCCACCAGAGCCUCUGCUCCAGCCUGCUGCUGGCCUACCAGGGCCUCUUCGCUUACUUCACCACCAUCACCAAGGACCUGCCCUCCUCGCACCGCAUGGAACUGGCCAAGCCCAGCAUGCAAGUGCUUUAUGAAAGAGUUCUGAGAAGACCUUACCCCCGCGGCCUCAGGCACGUCACCAUAGAGAAACUUGAUGUGGAGGCACGACUCGCUGAACUCUGCGACCAAGUCAAGAGAGCGGAGAGUCCUGACGAGUUGGCGGAGCUGGUGAAUAUGAACCUGGCCCAGCUGUGCUCCCUGCUCAUGGCGCUGUGGGGCCAGUUCCUGGAGGUGGUGGCCCUGCACGACAGCAUCGCAGCCCUGCUCGCCAUGGAGCACCACACACAGAGGGUUCGGAGGUUUGCUGAGUCCUUCUUCUGCCUAGAACACCCGCGGCAGACGGCUCUGGCCUACCAAGAGCUACAUGCCCAUAGUCAUCAGCAGAUGACAGCUGCCAUCAAGAGCUCCUCCUACUUCCUGUGUCUGCCGGCGCUGCCAGUGGAGUGUGCUGAUCUGGACGGGGACGUCAACUCUCUGCCAAUCAUCUUCGAGGACCGCUACCUCCACUCCGUCACCGAGGAUCGUGACGGGCCGUGGCUGGGGCUGCCCAACGCCCAGCGGCGAGGCUCCAUGUCCGGCCGCCUGGACCGCUCCUCCUCGCGAGACCUGAGCGGCGGCAGCUCCAGCUCCUCCAGCGCCUCCUCCACGGCCGGCCUGCUGAGCCCCACGCAGGAGGCGCGCCACAUGGCCCUCGGCGCCUCCUCCUCCUGGGCCCAGCCCACCUCCGCCGACCACCACCACCAACAGCAGCCGCUCAAGUCCAAAGCCAAGUCCAUCAAACUGAAGAAGAACACCAAGACGGACAACUCCGCCAAGAAGCUGGUGAGGCAGAGCUCCAAGGACUCUGUCAUCCUCACCGGCUACAAGCACCUGAAGCUGCCCCACCCCCACUCCGCCGCCGCUGCCGGCCCCCCUGCUGCCGAGCAGCAGCCCCUGGCCAAGCCCCGGGGGGGCGUGGGAGUGGCUUUGCUAGGGGAGGACAACAGGGGGGACGGUGCACCUUUACAUCCUGUGGGGGUGGGGGCGGCACCUUUCCAUCCUGCAGGAGUGGGGAUUGGCAUGGGGGCUGCACCCUUGCAUCCUGCGGGGAUGGGGGUGGGUGUUGGCAGGACCAGCAGCUUUAGCAGCUCUAGACCAGCAGCCGCCCCGCCCAGGCACCUCCACCCGGCCGCCCCCACGCUACCCGACCCCACGGGCGAGGCCGAGUGCCAAGGGGACGCAGACGCGGGCUGCCAAAGGGACCACUUCACCAACCUGCUGCGGCCCGGUGCCCAGGCCAGCAGGCUCCAGCUCCAGGCGGGUCCUGGGGCGGCCACCACGGGGGGUCCUGAGAGCCGGACAGGGGGGCAGGGGGAGGAACAGGAACAGGGGCAGGGGGAUGGGCUGCGGACUUCACCGCAGCAGGGGGCUGCUCACCCCGCUGGGCUGCGGCACAUUGAUGUGAAGCCCAGUGAUAAAGACCCCUACCAGGGAGAGAAGGUCACGCUGCUCUCCCCAGGGCGCCUGGCGGGGGGCUCUGGGGCGGCACUACCAGAGAUUACACAGUCGCUUUGUGCCGACGCUGACGCUGGGGCUUCACAGGAUGGCAUUGGCGUCUGCGUUGGCGCAGAGGCGCUGGUAGGUGCCAACAAGAGUGACUGCGCCCAGCUGCCACCGCCUGAUGUCGUUGCCGCGGUGACGGCAUCGUCUCGCCUCUCGGACUCGGGCAUCGAGAGCGAGGCCAGCUCUGCCACACAGGUGGGACUCGGCCCCCCGCCCUCGCACAGUGCCAACGCGGGCCCCUCGCCCACAGGCCCCACGCCCUCACACAUUGCCAACGUGAGCACCUCCUCGCCCCUUUCGCUGCCAACGCAGUCGGACAAGCCCCCCAGGCCGGUAUCGGUGGUCCGGCCGCUCCAGAGCCUCCCCAAGGGCACCGUGCCAACUGCCACCGCCACCGCCCCCGCCGAGGGGGGCCUGUGCCCAGAGACAACGAGCGGCGUCAGCGGGGCGCAGUCCUCCCUCACAUCCAUCACCUCCCUGCCGUCCGACGAGGAGCCCGACAGCGACUCGGGGGCGGUCGGGGCGGCGGCGGGCAGGAAGGCCAGCGUGCUGCUGCAGGAGCAGAGUCUGGUGUUCACUACUGACUCUGCCGACCCCUGGGAACCGCACACCAUCAACACAACAGCCAACAGCCCUGCCAAAGCAGCCGCAGCCACCACAGCAGUAGCAGGCAGCAACCUGGAGGACGAGUCUGUAUUCCUGGACCCUCCAGCGUGUGGCGCUACUGCUGCUGCUGCCCCUGCUGCUGCUGCUGGGGAUGGGGCUGUUGGUGCUGGUGCUGGGACAUCGGAGGGCUGUGUGCCUGCGGUGGCAGCUCCAUCGGCUGGGGGCGGAGGCCAGUCGAGCGCCUCGGGGACCAGCAGCACAGACCUGGUGAAGCGGGGCCUGGUGGAGAACUACUUUGGGUCGCGCUCCAGCACCGACGUGUCCGAGAUCAGCCCCGUGGAGCCGGCCGCCGUCACCCUAGGAACCCCGUCAGUAGCAGGAGCCUCGGCUGACACGGCAACAGCUACAGCAGCCUCAUCAGCGCCCCCCUCAGGUCUCAGCCAGGGGGAGGAGCCAGAGGAGGAGCCGGAGCAUGAGAUGAUUGAGAACGGCUACUAUGAGGAGACGGACGGGGUGCCGACUUACGUCAACGGCCUCGAGGAGGAGGAGGGAGGAGAGGGCCGUGGUCUGGACGACGAGGGCCGGAGCCUGCUGUACGACCAGGUGGGAUUGGAGAACCUCAUGGAGAGUGGUGUCUCGGUGCACCAACCGCCGGCCGCACCCUGCUGCCGACGCCCCACCCCCACCCUCGCCCCCCUGGGGACUGCCAGCCUGCGCUGGUACCAAAACGUCCCCGAGCCGUACUUAAAGACGUUUGUGGCGGCCAAAGAGGAGUUGAAGCUGCUGAAGCUGCCGGGCUUCCUGUACAGCGAGCAGGCGGAGCUAGCGUCCAGCAUGCCCUACUUCAGCCUGGAGGAGGACGACGCCCCCGACGACGGCGUGCACCUGGUUGUCUGUGUACACGGCCUGGACGGGAACAGCGCUGACCUGCGGCUGGUGAAGACCUACCUGGAGCUCGGCCUACCUGGCGCCCACAUAGAGUUCCUCAUGUCCGAACGUAACCAGAAUGACACCUUUGCUGAUUUUGAAUCCAUGACUGACCGCCUGCUGGACGAAAUUGUUCAGUAUAUUCAGAUCUACAAUCUUGCUGUGUCAAAAAUCAGUUUUGUGGGCCACUCCCUGGGGAACCUGAUUGUGCGUUCGGUGCUGACGAGGCCGCGCUUCAAGUGCUACCUGAGCAGGCUGCACACCUUCCUGUCUCUCUCGGGACCUCACCUGGGCACACUCUACAACAGCUCCGCCCUCGUCAACACAGGCCUGUGGUUUAUGCAGAAGUGGAAGAAGUCUGGCUCUCUGCUGCAGCUGACGUGUCGGGACCACUCGGACCCUCGCCAAACCUUCCUCUACAAGCUCAGCAAGAAAGCAGGGCUCCAGUAUUUCCGGAACGUGGUGCUGGUUGGCUCUCUACAGGACCGCUAUGUGCCGUACCACUCAGCUCGCAUAGAGAUGUGCAAAACUGCCUUAAAGGACAAGCAGUCAGGUCCGGUGUAUGCGGAGAUGAUUGAGAACCUGCUGGUGCCGGUGCUGCAGAAUGCGGAGUGCAACCUGGUGAGGUACGACGUCAUCCACGCGCUGCCGAACACCGCCAACUCCCUCAUCGGACGCGCCGCACACAUCGCCGUCCUCGACUCUGAGAUAUUCCUAGAGAAGUUCUUCCUCGUCGCCGGACUCAAGUUCUUUCAGUAGAGAGACUUCCAUUGGCGAAAUAGGAAAGAUAUUGAGCGCGCUCUAAAGACUUUUCUCCAGGUAGAAGGGGGUGCAUCUGGUUAUGCCUUUUAAGGUUUCAUAGAGUGAUUGACUGAAUCCAAAAGCACUCUACUCUGAGUAAAGGUACAGUUAUUUUAAAAACCCUUUAUUCUACAUUGGGGUAUAGACAUAAAAAUGCAAACCGAUUUCAAUUGUCUGGUCUUCGUGAUGAAUGAAACCGGUUUUUAAAGUGAUGUCUGAGUUUUUAAAGUGAUACUGUGCCAUUUUUUGAAAUAAGCUAAUAUUACGCCUCCGCUUGAGUUAAAUGAUUGAAAGUACAGGAGAACGGUAAAACUCAAUCAUUGAACUCAGGGGGAGGUGUAAUAUGAGCUUAUUUCCAAAAAUGGCACAAUAUCAGUUUAAGUCUGUAUACCCUAAUGGUAGAAUGAAGGGUUUUUAAAAUAAUUCUAACUACCUUCACUCAGGGCCGAGUGCUUAAGAUUCUGUCAAUCACUCUGUCAGUAAAGCUUGAACGCCAACUGCCCGCCCACCCGCCUGGCUGCCUGCCUUGUCUGUAUGUGAUGUUGGAUCCAGGACGGGAAGACGACUGGCUGAGAUCUCUCCUCACCUCACAGCACACCAACCACAACAAACAAACAAACACUCUGUGCAAAAAUCAGUUCUGUUUUAUUUUGAUUUAUGAUGAUUUUUAAAAUUAUGGUAUUUUCUUUUUUUGCUUCCUUGUAGGAGGUGAAAAGAAACAAAACAAAUAUAUCAGUGUUUUUAUUUCUUUAAAGCUUCUGUUGUUUUAUUAGCCGGUGCGUUGUGAAUGUGGAAUUCCCAUUUUUAUUUUUCUACUGCCACUGUUCCUUUUUAUUUUGUUAACGGAUGAAUUUCAUCUUUUUUUAUGUACUGUCAAGUUAAUGCUAUGGUCUCCUCAUUUUUUGUGGUAUUUUCAGUGUUAUUUAUAUUAUGUAUGAUUAAAAUUUUACCAGUUUUUAUUCCACAUUGUUAUUCAGUUACACACGGUUAUUGCUGAACUGGAAAUGUAGCUGCUAAAAAAUAUUAAAUAUUUAUUUUGUGGAGAAAAGUGAACCAAGUCUGCUCUGACCAUCUCAGAGAUGACCCAUUUCACUCUUUUUUUUUUUUUCUUCAGUUUAUUUUUUAUUAUUAUUAUUUCUUUGAUUUGCAGACAGACACAUACACAAAAACACAAAGAUUUUUUAAAGACAUUUGUCAUUUUUACUACUCACGUUUUUUACUAUCCGUUUUCUACAUCUGAAAUGACAUGCUUCCUGAUUAAUUUAAAAUAAUGAAAGUGAUUGUAGCUUCAGAGCAGCCGUGUAGGACGAGGUGAGGUGUUCUCUUCUCUUCUGCUCGGCCGCUCAUAGCUGUCCCGUCUGCUCAUGCACAACACUAACCCACCCUGGAUGUGGCACUAACCCAGCUUUGGGGUGGCGCCAACCCAGCCUGGAUGUGGCGCUAACUCAUUUUUGGGAUGGCGCUAACCCAGCCUGGAUGUGGCGCUAACUCAUUUUUGGGAAGGCGCUAACCCAGCCUGGAUGUGGCGCUAACUCAUUUUUGGGAUGGCGCUAACGCAGCCUGGGAGUGGCGCUAACCCAGCUUUGGGAGUGGGGCUAACCCAUCCUGGAGGUGGCACUAAUCUAGCUUGGGUGUGGCGCUAAUCCAGACAGUCAGGAGGAGGCGCCAACCCAGCCUGGAGGUGGGCCACAGGCAGAGCCCCGCCAACUUCCAGCAUGCUUAACAUUUUUACUACAGGGAUCACAAGGUGGCAUUACACGCCAGGGGUCAGACCUUUCAUACAGCACAACGUUGAUCAGUCAACAACAACAAAAUGGAAAUGGAAAGUAUUUAUGUUUGGUAUCUGGGGUAAAAAAUUAUUUAUGCUUGUACACAAGAAGAUGGUAUUUUAAAUAAAAAUAAAUUUCUCAUUUGUCACAAUGGUUUUGUAUCAUUGACAGCGAUCUUAUCCAUUAAAUGUUAUGUCAAAAAAGG